AUGGAGAAUAUCUCCAAUUUUUGUAGCUCUUGUUCAAGCCUCAUUUUUCCAAAUACAGUAAAUGAUCCAACUGAACAUUCACUAAAUCUUGAUGAUUUCGAUACAAAUGAUUUUUUAGUUGAUAACAGUGACGAAAACUAUGAGGGUGCAAAUUCAUUUCAUAGUCAAAAUAACACUCAGCAAAUGUUUCAAAACAUUAAUUUUGAUAUUUUCACAGAUAUUCCAGCAGUUUCCGAAGAACCACAACCACAGUUAUCUCCUGCCACCUUGUCUGAUCUCACAGUCAUCGACGAAAGAACGGGGAAAGCUGUCAACAAACAGCUAAAACUGGAUUUCUCGACCGGGCAUGUCAUCGCUAUUGGCGAUGAAGCGCUAUUAACUGUGAAUGAUAGCUUUCCUGGUAAUGAGGAUGGGUUUCAAGCUAAACAACUACUCUUAUUGCCUAACAGAAGGUAUAGGGGUGUAAGACGACGGCCAUGGGGGAGGUUCACCGCGGAGAUGAGGAAUCCGGAGAAGAAAGGUAAGAGAUUGUGGCUUGGGACCUAUGACACACCAGAAGAAGCCGCCAUGGCGUAUGAUCGAGCAGCUUUUAAGCAUCGUGGUUCUCAUGCUUUGCUUAAUUUUCCACAUAUGAUCGGGUUGCACAAAGAAAAUCGCACAAGUCCUAAAGGAAAAAAGCGACAUACAGGGAAAUCUUAG